AUGGGGGCACUGGGGCCUGAGGGCUGGAGGAGGCAGCCCCAAGGCAAGGGCUGCCUCCUGCUGGUUGUGGCAGGAGUCACUUCUCUGGUGACCCUGCUCGUGGCUGUGCCUAUCACGGUGCUGGCUGUGCUGCUCGUGGUGCCCCCGCAGCAAGGAGGGCUGGUAACGGACACUGAUGACCAUGGGGGACAAACACAGAAACAACUGGGAACUCAGCAGCUGUCAGAGGAGAAGGCUUUGAAACCAGAUCUCGACCACAGGCUCCCAGCCGCCCACCUCAUCGGUAAGCCCGGGAACCCCCAUCGAGUGGGCUGGGAGGCGGAGAGGGAAGCGGCCUUCGUGCGCAGCGGGGCGCGCUUCUCGGGCGCCGACGGGCUGGUGCUGCCCCGGGACGGCCUCUACUACCUCUACUGUCACGUCGGCUACCGGGGCCGAGCGCCUCCUGCGGGCCAGGACCGCCAGCGCCGGCCGCUCACGCUCUUCAGCCGCCUGUACCGCGCGGGCCGCGCCUACGGGGACGGGAGCCCCGAGCUGCUGCUCCAGGGCGCCGAGAGCGUCGUCUCCGCGGACCCGGCGCAGUGCCACGAGUGGGCCGCGAGCGGGGCCCCCUGGUACACGAGCGUGGGCUUCGGGGGCCUGGUGCAUCUGCGGAGGGGCGAGCGGGUGUACGUCAACAUCAGUCACCCCGGCAUGGUGGACUACAGGCGCGGCAAGACCUUCUUCGGGGCCGUGAUGGUGGGGUGA